GUUUAUUUUCUUCGGUUUGCAUUCAUAUUUGUGUGCGAUUGGUGCGUGUUCUAGUGAGCUCCUUUCUCUCAUCAACACUAGAUGCUUUAAGUUUUUUGGUUGGGCCAAUUUUUGUUUUGAAUUUCAUUUAGUUUUUCGUUUUAUAUACGAACCACAUACACAACAAAUAAAAUCCAAGUUGACGAAAAUUUCGUCUCCGUUUUAUCAUUUUAUGCGGUGGUGUGGCUGAACGUUUAUGUCGACCUUAAUUCGAUCUCCAAUCGAAUUCAUCAAAUGGUGGUAAUCCAAUUAAAUCUAUUGGCAUUAAAAUCGAAAAAUCGAGAGAAUCGAUUCAUCGAACACAAACGAUUGAGUGCUAGCGGUAAUUUUUUUUUCUGCACACAACCAUUGGAAACCAUUUUUGAAUAAGAGAAUUUAUAAUAACGAUGGCUGUGCUUCCACCGGACCCGGUAUUCUCAAUGCGUUCAAGUGAUAUGGGUGCUGUAAAUUGCAUAUGUUUUCACAGCACCGAACGACUGUUUAGCGGUACAGCCAAAGGUGCUGUUUAUCUCUGGGAUAUGCAGACGUGUCGAUCGCCGUUGCAUUUUUCAAUUGGCGGUAAUGAGCCGGUGACAUCAAUUUAUCAUGGUGAAGAAACGUUGGUAACACAACAAAAAGGUGGCAUACUUAAACGAUGGCAUAUUGCAAACGCUGGUUAUGUACUCGAUUCAACCAAUGACAUAAUGCACAAUGGUUUUUGCCGGUUUGUUACUGAUGACGAUGCACGCAUCUAUUACCCCAAAAACGAUAACGAAAUUUGUGUUAGCAAAUUGAAUCAUGAUGUUGAUGAUAAUGAUCAGACAAUGAUACUUAAUCCAAAAGCCAUUCUAGACGAGAGAAAGGAGCCACCAAGCGUCGACGGAGGCGGUAGAGGAGCCACAACAACAGCAAUACAACAAUUGGGCAGUGUAAUGUGCGUACAACCACUUACAAUUUCCAGUCAAUCGUACCUAUUGGCCGGCUAUGAAUCGGGAUGUUUUUUAACAUGGGAUUUGCGAACCGGCAACGUUAUUAAUGUCGCACAAUUCGAAGAGUGUCCGAUUGCAUUUGACUUUUGUGCCGAAGCGAAUCGUGGCAUUUACGGUAAUACAAGCGAUAAGCUUGGUAUCUUUGGAUAUCAACGUACCGAUAUGAAAUUGAUAAAUCGCGGUGAUAUCAGCAUCAAAAAUGCUGGCAUCAAUUGUGUACGCAUACGAAAAGAUCAAAAGGUAUUUAGUACGGGCGGUACCGAUGGACGUAUUCGAGUAUUUUCAUGGAAAAGUCUACGACCACUUACCGUUUUAACAGAACAUCGAGCUGCUGUCAAUGACAUUGUCUAUUCACCCGGAAAAUGUGAUCUGUGGAAAUCACCAAUUAUGGCAUGCGCCGGCAACGAUGGUGUCAUCUCAUUGUGGAAUCUGUACAAUAAUUGAACGAACGUACGCAGAAAAAACCCAUCUUCGAUUUUACCUAUCGACACAACUUAAAUUAAUGGCAAACGAUUGGCGUGCUACAAUAAUAUCUCAACACACUUUGGUGGAGUCCACAAACAUACACACACACACACAAACUCUUUUUUCCUAGUCCAAUUGAAAAAUUAAAAAUUAUGCAAACUGUAUCGGCAGUUAUUCAAAAAUAUAAAAUUUAUGAACGAAAAAGAAAAAAAUCAUUAAUAAUAAACAAUCUGUUGCAAUGGUGACACCAAAUUUUUCUGUA